AUGGCACCAUCAGGAGAACAAUCAGGGACCUCUGAGCCCUACAUUCGCGACCUUCUGACCCAGAACCUACAACAGUUGACUCAGAUCGUUGAAACUCUAAACCACACCAUAGUAACCAGCAGUGAUCAAGCCCCAUUAGACGGAGGUCAUGACCUAGCACACCGAAUAAGGGAUUACGAUCCCCCUUCUUUCGCUGGGGAGGAGGAUCCUGCAACACUCGAAGAAUGGAUUUGGACAUUCGACAGGAUCUUCGAAGUAACGAAUUGUCCAAGGGAGCAUCAAGUCAAGUUAGCAUCGUUCUACCUUCGGCAUGAGGCUGACUCGUGGUGGGCACAGGAAGGGCCGGAACCAGGUGUGGACUGGCACGUCUUAAAAGCCAAACUGAGAGAACGUUUCUAUCCACAGCAUAUCCGAGCAACCAUGAACGAAGAAUUCCUGCACCUAAGGCAAGGGAACACCUCAGUGGAGGAGUACUAUAAGAGGUUCAUAGAGUUGACUCACUUCACAGGUGGGUUGGUCCCUAAGGAAGCAAUCAAAGUAGAAAGGUUCAUUACUGGGCUCAACUUCGGAGGCAGGAAAGCCUUGAUCGCAAGCAAACCAAGGACACUCGAGGAAGCCUACGCUAAGGCGGCCAAGCUCCAACGAGUACAACAUAACCCUCCGGGAACUCCCGAGGCGCACAAGAGGAAAGUCGAAGGAAAUCCCAUAAUCCCUCUACAUAUAUUAAAAGUCGCCAGGGUCAUUUCACCUCAAGGUCGAGGAAAGUCAAUGUCACGGGUCUCGGAAGACAGGACGGAAAUUACCCAGGGGAGAAUCCUUGCCAUGAGUAGGGCCCGAAUCGGAGACAACAACGUAGUAACCGGGACAUUUCUUGUACACGCCACUCCCGCCAUCGUACUAUUUGACUCAGGAGCCACCAACUCGUUCAUAGCAACCAAAUUCGCAUCAAGGCUCGAUUUAACAACAGGCACGGAGGUACAACUAAGAGUCAAGGUGGCGUCAGGCGAAGUGUUGAAGUGCGAUCUUAUGUACAAGGACAUAAUGAUCGCCAUUGGUGGAGUGGAAUUUCCUAGCAAUCUGAUCCAGUUCGGGUUGGACGGCAUACAGGAGAAGCAGUUAUAUGCUAAACUCUCCAAAUGCGAGUUCUGGAAAGACAGGGUGGCAUUCCUAGGCCACGUGAUAACCAAGGAAGGAAUCAUGGUGGACCCGACAAAGAUUCGCGCAGUCAAAGAAUGGCCUACACCAAAGACAGUUUCAGAAAUUAGGAGCUUCCUUGGGUUGGCUGGUUAUUAUCGAAGAUUCGUGCCCAACUUCACCAAAGUGGCUCAACCCAUGACGAGACUUAUGAAGAAGGAAAUUCCCUUCCGGUGGGAUACCAGUUGUGCCUUAGCCUUCCAGGAACUAAAAGAAAGGUUGACCACAACCCCGGUUUUGGCACUAUCCUCGAGAGUAGAAGGAUUCGAAGUGUUCAGUGACGCCUCGAAGAAGGGUCUGCGUUGCGUACUAAUGCAGAAUAGUAAAGUGAUAGCGUACGCGUCCAGGCAACUCAAAACCCACGAUGAGAAUUACCCCACUCACGACCUGGAGCUGGCAGCCAUAGUAUUUGCCCUAAAGAUCUGGAGACACAAUCUGUAUGGGGCACAAUGCAAGAUCUACACGGACCAUAAAAGCCUAAAGUACAUCUUUACCCAGAAAGACUUGAAUAUGCGGCAAAUGCGGUGGUUAGAACUUAUAAAAGACUACGAUCUGGAUAUCCAAUACCACGAAGGAAGGGCUAACGUGGUGGCAGACGCACUAAGCCAAAAAACGAGCCACUUCCUUAACACCACGUGGGUACUGGCGGAUGAACUAUGUAGAGAAUUUUAG